AGAGAGAGAGAGAGGGAAGGAAAGAGAGAGAGAGAAAGAGAGAGAGAGAGAGCAAGGGAGAUGGCAAAAACAAGACAGCAAGAUCCAUCGGAUCCGUAGCUGCAUAUGAAGUCUGGUUAAUGAAAACCAAAUGGUUAAUAUUGUGUGAAGAUAGAGAGAGAGUGAGAGAGAGAGAGAGAGAGAGAUAGGGAGGGAGGGAGAGAGGAUAGAGGGAGGGAGACAGAGAGAAAGAGAGGAUAGAGGGUUGAAAUCGCAGAAGAGAAAUGAGCAGUAUACUGAAGGAGAAUUAGCCGUCAGCUGGCCGAUCUGCAAGGUCUGGAUCUCAUUAAAGACGACGACCUGAAACCAGAGAAACCUGGCAUGGAGGAGGAGCUGACUGCCAAGGAGAAGGAGGCCCUGGAGGAGAAUGAGGAGAAGGAGCAGAAGAACGAAGAGGCAGGCAAUGGGGAGAAGGAGGUGACCGAGGAGAAAGCGGGGGAGGCAGCUGAGAGGAAGGAUGCAGUGGAGACCGCCGACAGGCAGGGGGCACCGCUCCCCGAGGGGCAGGAGCUGGAGGAGUUGAGGGCACAGGUACUCCAGCUGCUCCUGGAGCUGGAAGAGGCACGGGAGAUGUCGCAGAAGCACGAGGAGAGCUUCCACGAGCUGCAGGGUCUGCUGGAAGAUGAGCGUCUGGCCAGUGCGCACCAAGCUGAGGCCUUCACACGCCAGAUCCAAAGGCUACAAGCCCAGCUGCGCUCCGUCCAGGAAGAGAUGGACAGCCUGGAGGAGGAGAAGGAGAGCGAGCUGGCUGAGGCGCAGGAGGAACUGCGGGCGGCGCAGGAGGAGGUGCUGGUGCUGCAGCAGGCGGCCGAGGAGGCGGCGGCUGAGCGGGAGAACGACAUCGCCAGCCUGCAGGAGGAGCUGUGCCGGCUGCGGGCCGAGCUGCAGCGGCUGCAUGCCACCACGCAGGAGUACGAGCUGGAGAUCACCACGCUGCGCGCCGAGAUCACCAUGAAGAGCCAGCGGAGGGAGGAGGAACGCAACCAGGGUGAUGUGGGCCUGCUGAAGGAGGAGUGCCGCGUGCUGAAGGAGGAGUGUCAGGCCCUCAAGGACGGCAACCGGCAGCUGCUGGAGCGUCUGCAGCUGCUGCAGCUACAAAGGACCGGCUCCAACGACGUGUGCCUGCCGCUGAAGGAAGAGAGCGAGACAGAGGACGGGCAGCUGCGUGUGGUCGACGGUGGCGAAGGAGAGGUAGGAAGUAGGAGGAUCUCUACACAGACCAGCACCAACUGCCGCCUGGUAGACGCCUCGAUCCAGAAGAACAUCUCCUUCGACGGCAAGCCCGUGACCCCUACCAGCUGGAACGGGGGCUUCGGUGAAAUCUUCUCCCUCCGUGACCAGCUGAAGCAGGCGGAGGAGAGGGCCCUGCAAGUGCAGAAGGAGUGUGAGGGCCUCAAGGAGGAGCUUCUGGUACUGCAGAGCCUGUGUGACAGCAGCCAGAAGGAGCGCGACGAGCUGGAGAAGGAGCUGCGCAGCUACCGGGAGCAGCUGGGGAGGCUGAUGGAGGGGAGGGCUCAGAACUCCACUCCUCCGUCUGAGCCCCCUGUUCUCUCCAUCCCCCUCAUAGGAUUGAUUGUAAUAGUGGCCCUGGUUUGGUGCUGGUGGUCGGAGCUGUCAUCUAGAGGGGCCCAGGUACGGGGGAGCGAAGGAGGAUGGAACUCGGUACUGGUGGUCGCUGUGGCAGCAGCUGCCUUGCUGAUUGUGCCCAGUUUGUGCAGAGCUGUCUCCUGAGGACCCAUGACGGUAGCGAUUGUGCCACCUAGGCAGCACACUCUUCCCCCCAAGCCCCUGCUCGCCUCACGACGAGCCCCAUCCCAUCGCACCUGCAGCUUCAGCCUCCUCUUUCGAGGGGGGGGGGGGCAUCAAAGAAGGGACUGGGACACAUUAACCACCAUGCUGCCACCAGGUCUCCAUUCUGAAUGACCCAGGAGGAUUCUGGGUAAAAUGGGGUUGGAUGUAUGAUGUUACUGCUUAUUGACUAGCGUAGCAUACAGGCAUAAGAUUCUGGUGGGAGGGUGAAGUGCACGGACCCAUAGAGCCAUUGAUAUCGUUGUACGUGUCCCGUCCCCCCCCCCAUUCCCCCCUCCCAGCAAUCAAAUGCACUCACCGGUAGCUGUUCAGUCCCCCCCUAGAUGGUCCCUCAUUGGUGCGUUGACAAGACGGCGGACCUGCGUAAACUCCACACCACCUGCAGCUCACCUGGGUGCAUCAACUAACCUGUUUAUUGAUUGAUUUAUUCCCCGUUGAGCAGAGGCAGCCUGAACUUUAGUUUUGUUUUUCUUUUCUCAGUCCAAUUGCCUGUUAAAUUUGCGCAGUCGUGUAAGGAUUCGAAGAAGGCGCGGAGGAGCUAAGUGUGCUGGAAGAUGUCAGGUUGGGAUAUUUUACGGACUCAGCUGUAAACCUGCCGUGCUUUAAGGAAAGAGCGCAUUGUCUUGGGAUGAAAAUACAUACCCUGUCAGUAUGAGAAUAAUGUAUGAUCCAUUAAUAUGAAUAAUGUUGUUCUUAAAUUCUAAGUAUUUUUUAAAUAUUUGAAUACUUUAUCAUUUCAAUAUUGAAUGAGGCUUCAUGAAUAUCAGGUUUCAUUGUUUUCUGUUACAUUAUCCUCUUGCUUCUUGUUCUCUUAUAGCAUGUCCUGUACAAUUUUGGUAAAAAAAAAAAAAGAAGAAAAGAAUUUACUUUAUUGCAUAAACGCUGCUUUCGGAGAUGGUUGUGGCCUUGGUUAGGCUUUCGGCCUGGUCUUCCUGUGUGUGUAGCUCCUGGCACGCAUUAGGGGGCGCUGACAAGCAUGGCCUUCUUGGGGAGAGUGUGUCCAUCUAGGGCUGCUUGGAGGAGGAGGCUAGGGUGCAUUGUCAGAUUGAGAAUGUGACCACGCCAACAGCGGUUGUGACCCUCCACGCCAGCGUGGUCACUGACAUCCCCGAUUGCACACGGCCCCGUUCCUCUCCGUCUUCAUGGGCCACAUGCAGUAUGAGAACUUUCUGGAAACAGUAGGAGGCGCCCGCUUUCAGAACGUUCUUGCAGUCAAUGCUGUUGUUUUGGGCACACUAUACUCACUGACAUUGUGGCACUGACCUGUACCCAUGCCGCUUAUGUGUCCAAAUAUUUGAUGGUUUCCAUCACUGAACAUGUGGGGUGAAGCUUCAAAACCCCAAUCCAGUGUUUCCCAAUCCAGUCCUCAGGAACCCACAGGCAGUCCAAGUUUUUGCUCCAGGUAAGGAGCUAGGAGGGAGCAAAAAUGUGGACUGUCUGGAAGGUAGCAAAAAUGUGGACUGUCUGACAGGGAGCUCGGAAGCAAAAAAAACAUGGACCAACCCUGGAUCCCUGAGGACCAGAUUGGGCAACACUGUUCAAAGCACAAAAAGCUGAACAAGCCUGUGGGACAGUCACCGGAGAAGGUCCAUUUAUCAGAUAUUGCUUUACCCUCCGAAGUGAAACAGCUGCUGGACCCAUAGUAAUAAUAACGAUUUAGCUUCACAGCUUUAUAAAGACACUCAGCAGUCACUUUAUUUGUUCCACAUACUUACAAAGGCUGAUCCUUCAAACAGAGAAUCACGUGGCUGCAGCUGACAGCACACAGCACACAUACAGGGGUGGCAGGUUCAGUUACUGUGCCGCUAAGCAUCACAACAGCUGAGAAACACGAUCAAAGCGAUCUUGCGUGUGGCAUGCUUGUUGGCGAUAUACACGGAGUUUACGGAGAAUGGUGCACUGAGCAUAAAACAUUCAGUCAAUGACAUUUCUGUGCUUGAACACACCUUAUUAAUGAAAGAGGUCAGAGAAAAAUGGCCAGAAAUGUUAAAGCGAACAGGAAGUUAGCUUCAGAGCUAAAAGGAAGUUAGCUUCAAAGCUAAAAGGAAGUUAGCUUUGCACAAGUACAAAACAAAAAACAUACUUCAGAACAAUGGUAAUGUGCAGUACGGCCCACCUGGUACUCCGGGGGUGUGCUUAAUAAAACAACCACUGAGUGCGUAUGUAUAAUUCUUAUUGUGACAAACAAUCUAUUUAAGAAAUGAGUUCAUGCUUAAUUCAUUUUAAAGACUUCCUUAUUCAGGUUAUUGUGAGAGGACCGAACUGCAGUUUAAGAAACAGACAAAUCGUGAUGUUCUUAACCCAGAAUCCAUUAUUAAAAGGCACAAAUAUUUUGAACAUAACAUUCCAUAAUCUCUCUGAAUUAUUAAUAUUAUUCUUAUUUUGAUUAGGUGAAGCAAGUUAGUGUGUCAUGAAAUAUAUUUUUAUACUGAUUUAUUUUUUUGCCCAAAUUGUGGAAUGUAGUUUUGCUCUAUGGUCCGUAAGGUAAGAAGGAAGAUCGAAUUUCCUCCGGUUGGGCUGUGGAGUGGCGUUUUUGUACAUAAACUGACUUUUUUGUGAUAUGCAUGUAUGCAUUAAUGCUGAGUGCGUUUUGCAAUCCAUAUGUCCAACUUUUGAAAUGCAGUUUGAAAUGCAGUUUGGUGCAACAGCAGUUUUCCAUGAAAUAACUUUUUUUCAAAUCUCUUCUUUUAAUCUCUACUUAGAGAUAUGUUUUGAAUGAUUUGGUGGGCACUGUUUAAUCGUAUAUUUACUAUUUUUUAGUUUUAUUGUCACCUAUUGAGCACAAUUUACACUACUGACAACAACCGUGUAGACUUUAUAUUAGAAUAUUGUUUCUAGAUUGCUCCUCUUAUUACAAAUACACACACAUAUAUAUAUUUAUGUGUAAUAUAAUUAUAAACAAAUUUCUGUCGUCCUAUUACUGUUGUCAUUGUUUUUUAAAAACUUGCAUUUUAAUAAACACCAGACCUCCCUUGGAUACACAUGAUUUGAUACAGUGAACCUACAGUGAUUUAUCAGCCUUGGAACUGCACAUUCGCAUGCAGUGCGUUGCAAACAUGGCAGUUUACUGGAUAAUUAUCGUAGCUGUUUAGGUGCAAUAUAUAAGGAAACAUGCCUACAGUUUGAGCUGUAGUUUAUUUUGGUUAAACCUCACAAUCAGAUAUUUUGCCAUCGGGUUUUUUCACAUCAAAAUCUUCUCAGUUGAAAUAAACAUGUAUAAGUAUGCAUAUAUGUAUUUUGACUAUUAUCUGUGUCAUUUCCUCCGUUCUUUUUGCGUGUAAACUUGCUUUUUAAUUGUCACAGAGAGGCGCAGUUGUGCACAAGCUGGUAACAUUUUGUUGCAGGGGUGUGGAGGGCUUAUGGAGAAACAUGGGAUCAGUCACUUCUCCACAGGUAAAGAUUUCAUAAAAUCCGACUCCUUUUUCGAUGAGUCUGCUCUUGCUGGGAUCAUACCAGCACUUUCGAAUGUGAAAACUUGCCUGUCCUGUUCUUUUGGCUUUUCGGCACGUGAUAAAAGGGUGUGUGGUUUUGGACAGUGCGAAACGUUUGUUGUGUGCUCCGUAGAGGUCUGGCCUGCCUCUAAGCUUUACGUUACGCUGAAUUAGACUCGGGAUCUGUGUGAUUAAUGUGGUCGUAGGCUAACAGCUGAAGAUGUCCUCUGUCGAUCUCUUAGUUUUUCCGCAUGAAGAGACUUUAGAUACUGCUGCAGCCCCAUUGCCGUUAGAUUUCAUGCCAUGGUGAUUGCUUUGUGCCUGGGUAAGGUGACCACCUGAUCUUCAGCUGCCUUUUAUAGUGCAUAAGCUUUGUGGAAUCGUGCAAUAUCAACUGGCAUCCCAGAAAAAAAAAAUUAUAUAUAUAAUGUAUCUUUUAUCCUUGAUCCAUUAAAGGGUGUGUUUGCAUUUCUGUUUAUCUUAAUAUGUUGAAUAAUUUUCUCCAAUAGAUCAAUGCAUGUGAGAAAUAAAAUAUUUUGUAUUUCAGUAUGAUAUUUGUGUUGUAUGUACUGUAAAUAGAAUUAGGAGUGAACUGAAAACUGUAAUGACCAUAAAUGGAUACUUAAAUUAAAACAUUGCAUUGUCAAUAGUGGGUGAAUCUUAUAUUGACUGUGUCUUAUCAAUAUUAAAGUGAAUAGAGAGUGAAUAUUUCCCAAUGAAAAGCAGUAGUGAGAUUAUAAUUGUACUUAUGCAUUUAUAUACAUUGGUUAACUAUAGGUUUUCAGCUUAACUAGGAGAACAAACUCCGAUAAUCAACAGCCGUGUGGUGCAUGUUAGUUUCAGUAGAUGAUGGGUUUUUGCAUGCAAAGUGCAGUAGAUUUAGUCACUAGCCAAAGUGCAUGAUUUGUUUGGCGGCCUCAGAAAUCGCAUGAGCCUCUUCCACGAAUCCAGACUUCGGCACGGAGCAACGCCGUCGAUUCUGAUACUUACACGCCUUUCAGUCUGUCUGCCUCUUUACCCGUAAACGAAAUGUUUCAGAAUACAUUUAAAGGGUAUUUAGGGAUCACGUAGAAUUCUAAAACUGCCAUGAUUAUGACUACUUACUCCUCACCUGUCAUUACUUACAGAAUCGAAACAGGAUUUGAUCAUCCUGUGAUGUGGAAUAAUAUUAUACAGUGUCUACCUGUUAAAUACUUAGAUUAGUGCUCAGACUGGCUGUCACUGGCUGUCACCGGCUGUCUGUCGGCACUGCAGUCAUACCAUUAUUGAUACUCAUUCUUCCUUUACUUAAAUAGAUAAACAUCACCCUAAAUAUGUGUAUUAUUCUCUGCCCCUCUAGUACCUUAAACAAUGAUAAAGACAUAUACUCCUGUGUUUUUAAAAAUCGUUUAAAUGGCAAAAACUAUUAGCAUUAGAUCAGUAUAAAGCAACAGGUCAAACAUGAAUCGGUUUGUUCAGUUCUGCUACUGACUAGUUUGCGUCUGUGUGCACCGCUGAUAUUCCAGUGUAAGAAAAGCUGAUGUACGCCUGUCUGUCUCUCUGUCUCUGUAAUAUAGCAACAGAAUUGUACUGUAAAGCGUUUUCUAAUAUAUUUGUACACAUCCUGACCUAACACACUUGGCUUUUUUUCCCUGAUGGGCUUGGUUGUUUUCGAACGAAUUGUGAGUAUUUUGGUAAACAGCCUGUAUAUUUUGUACAAGAUUUGGAAAUAAAAAUAAAAUAUUUAUCAUUACUCUG